GUUAUCUUUGCUGUACGUUUCUGUAAAUCGUUAUUAGUUAUUCGUGAAAUCAAGCAUACACCGAAACGUUUACCAAAUUAUCUUUAACAGUGAACAAACACACUACUCGCACGUUAAUGCGAGUGAGUAACAGAAACAAAACAGAUAAAAAUUAGAAUAGCAGCUUUAUGAUAUCGCGCUGCCCACACACACAACCAUGCCAUCGCAGCGCUAUAAGCACCUGCUCACCUAAUUACGCACAUACUCGCAUAUUGCUUGUCCAUUGCGGCGUAACUGCGCGAUCACCUACAUUAUUAACUAUUAUUAUUGCUUCAGUUCACCGGUGUUGCGGUUGGUGUGCGGUCGUACCAUCUGCAAUAGAUUUCGUGGCGAAAGCGUGAUCUCAGUGCUAACGCACAUAAAGGAAAACUUUUAGACGAACGACCUUUUCAAAUUGAAGCAGAGUCUUCAAAUUUUUCGUGAACGUCUAUGAUUUCGUGUUGGAAAUUUAUUUGAAAUUAAUAAAAAUUUAGCAAUUGCUGAAUUUCAAUUCGAUUUGAAGAUGAGUGAAGCUAAGAAGUUUAAUAAUUGUGUUAUUGUAUUUGAUCAAAAUGAUUUCGGCACUUAUUUUACCGGCCAAAUUGUUAGUGGUAAAGUGAUUAUAACGCUGGAGAAGGCAAAAAAGUUGAAAGCCAUUAAAUUACAAGUUUGUGGUUUCGCUGCUUGUCAGUGGCGUGAAAAGUAUGGACAAAAGCUGGCUGUAGCAAAAAUUAAUCCAAGGGACAAGCAUGUAUACUUCGGUCGGGAAGAUUAUAUAGCGUCUACGACAUAUUUGGUAGGCUCCGAGUUUGGCAAUAAUUUCGUUAUGGAUGAGGGCACUUACACCUAUACAUUCUCUUGCCCCAUACCAUCUAACUGCCCAUCUUCCUUUGAAGGCACUUACGGGCAUAUUCGUUACCUCAUCAAAGUGACAUUUAUAAGAACUGGUGCUGCCGAUCGUAUACAUAACGUCGGUUUCACAGUUCUCAAGCUUUUAGAUCUGAAUCAAGAAAGUAAACUGUUACAGAGUCCUGCCAGCAACGACGCCAUGGAGAAUAUAUGUUUAUUUCUGUCUAAACCGGUACAUAUGAAAGUUGAUCUCCAACAAACCGGUUAUGUGCCCGGUCAGUUUGUCUUGAUCAGCGCUGAUGUGGACAAUAAAUCUGCAGCAGAUUGCAAAAAACUAAUAAUAAUGCUAAAUUUACGCGCCACCUACAACUCAGAGACGCCUGCUUUGCAUUCUGUAUCCGAGAAAAUCUGUCUCGUUAAGAAAGUGUGCGGUCCAGUGCCGCGUCAAUCGCACAAAUCCUUCGCUGAGACUAUACGUAUACCAGCAACUGCGCCAACUUGUGAACACAUCAGCAAAAUUGUACGAGUCUCUUAUGAGUUGUGCGUUAUGGCCGUAAUGAGUACCAUAAUGCGAAAUCCAAAGACUACAAUACCGAUAACUAUAGGUAAUGUGCCGUUAACAACGACCAAUACGAUAGAAGAGGACUGGUUGGAGGAGAGAGAAGUAGAGAGUAUGCAGCCGACAACAUCACGUGCUGUUUUAAGAGAAAACAGUUUAGAAAAUGAAAUAGGGGCCUUUGGUGUGAGUGAGGAUGAUAUCAGUGAAGAAGAGAUGGAACUACCUCCGCCAUCCUAUGAACAAGCGAUGUUCAUGAGCACAAAUAUUGCUGACAACGAUGCCAAUACGGUCAAUGUGGAUGCACCUUUCGCACCACGCUAUCCGGUCUUCAAUAUUGAUGAAAAUUCUCUUGCCUUCAGCAGCAGGGGUUUGAGCCCACCCCCGAAUUUGCCGCAAAAGCGACCACGUCGUAGAAGAAGACGCCGACCGGCAGAAAAUACAGCAGGGUUCGUCAAAGAGCAACAGCCAACUGAAUCGCCAAUACAAAUAUGAAAUUAAAUUAAAAAAUUCUCGAGAAAAUAAAAAAAACGAAAAGAAAGCCAAGAAUAUGAAGUGCAAUAUUUUAAACAUAAAUUUUUUUGUAUGAAUAUAAUUGUUAAGAAAAGAAAAUUAAUCUGUACACAAAUGGGAUAAUGUAACUAAAUAUGUUUUGUGAAUGAAUAUGUUGACUUAAUUUUUAAGAUAUACCUCCAUAAGAUAGUAGUAUUAUUCUGGCGAGUAUCUACACAAAGUUUAUUCAAGCGACGCAAAGAAACUUUUGAAGAUAAUUGAGAAUUCACAAUAUUAAGAUAUAAUAAAAAUUAUUUAUGAACCUUA